AUGGUGUUGCGUACAUAUACUACUACGAACACAUCCGCGCCAGAGACGUCAGCCCCUUUCUCCACCACCACUGCCGCUACCACUACCAACGCUACAAAUGCCGGCGCAGGGCAAAUAGCCGGUGCCGAUGCGGAUACGGAGGAAGCCAACCAGGUGAACCAAUCGGUUCAUGACGGGCUCUAUUCCGUAUCGAAUGCUGGGGACACACCCUCCUCGACGGGGCAUCAUGCUCACAACAUACCUGGUGCGGCUGGAGGGGCUCCCAAUUCCAAUACCAGCACAGCUAGCGGGCAUACAAGCAUGCAUUUUGACCCUGUCGGCCGCGCUGCGCCUACUACACCGGCUAACAUGAGCAGCACCGGCAGUUUAUCACCUGUCUUGACCUCUUCCACCACGAAUAACGUCCAUAGACGCGAAUAUCGAGGCAGCUCAUCAGAUCGGCUUCAUGCUGGUGUACAGUCAAGUAGCUCCCAUGGCCUACAUACUUCGGUCAUGCGAACUGUCGUGUCGAGUGGGAACGAUGCGUUGAACAUUCUCUUCCAAGCUGCUGCGCAGGAACAGGACAACGAAAUGAUUGAUGUCGAAUCUACUGACCGGCGGCCAUCCAUGUCCAAAGAAGGUGGUGCUGGGGAUGAUGUUAACGGUAGUGCUGCUGCAGGUACAGGUACAGGACAGGAACGUCCCUACUCGCAACAUCAAAAGACCCAGUCCCAUGCAGGAAUCCGCACCUACGAUACGCCAACAUCCACUACCUCGUAUGGAGGUUCUCCCACAUCGGACCCAACGCAGCUCUCUCACGUCGAACCAGAUGUAUUGGCUGUUUGGGAUCAGUGCCGUUUUGUUAAGAUGGGCUGGUUCUCAUCCCGAGAGGCAGUGACUUAUGUUGAUAUGUUCUUCAAAAAUAUGGCUCCUCUAUCUCCCAUUCUUUCACAUUUUUACUCCCAUCAUAGAAAUCACUACUGGCUUAUCUCCCAAGAGCCUGUUCUAUGCUGCACUAUUCUCAUGAUUUCAUCGCGAUACCAUACUUUGCCCGGCGUGGGCGGAGCGUCCCGAGGCUUCUUCAUCCAUCAAAGGCUCUGGCAGCACUGCCAACAUUUGAUUAUGCGCGUAAUGCUCGGCCAGGAGAAAGGCUCCAAGGCCAAGACUCGCACUGUUGGGACCAUCGAGGCCCUGUUAGUAAUGUCUGAAUGGCAUCCCCGGUCUCUACAUUUCCCGCCCGAGAGUGACGGAUGGGACUCAGAUUUGAUGAUGGACAAUACUCCAGAACACCAUGACUCGACAAGUCCAGACUCCUCUGUGUCUGCAUCAAGUAGAUGGCUGGAGGAUGUCAUUGAGCCUGCACGCCGUUCUGAUCGAAUGUCAUGGAUGUUGCUUGGCUCUGGCCUAACUCUAGCACAUGAACUUGGAAUCUUCGAUACGGACGAUUCACGGGCUAAAAGCCUUAUAUCGAGCCCCGAAGGAGAACACCAGGGUUUCCCGGUUGAAGAAACCAUGAAUUUCCCUCGCCAUCGUAUACGCCAGCUGCUUUACGUGUUCAUCAACCAGCUAGCAUCUAGGCUGGGUUGCAUGUCCCUAAUGCCGCAAAGCCUGAACCAUUCCAUAGUUGCCCCGUCGUCGCUCAAUACUGGUAUUGACGAGUGGCAGACGUUUAUGAACUCGUGGAUUGAGUUGACGAAGUUGGCAAAAUCCGUUACGGAUAUGUUCUUUCCCUCUGCAACAUUCACACGACAACAGUUGCAUAGUGGCCGGUAUAUUGGGCUUCUAGAUCACUUCCGCCCAUUGCUAUCUCAAUGGCGGCAGAAGCAUCUGGACUCUAAACGUAAGUGUGACGCACUUCAUAUCAUCCUUACUCCGCUAAUAAUCAUAUUAAUAGACCUUUCACGGCCUUUCGGUGACAUGAUAUUCAUUGAGUACCAGUUUGUUAGAGUCUACACCAACUCCAUCGGAAUGCAAGCGGUGGUGGAGCGUGUACUCAAUGAAUCAGACCCCGACGUUGUUAUGGAUGACGUUCGCCAGGCAAACAUGGACGAAAUUGACUAUGAGUUCAUACAAGAGGUGAUUGACGGCUCAUGCAGCUUAUUACAGAAAGUCACCACGCUCGCUGAAAACGGGGCUCUUCGAUUCUCUCCAGUCAGAAUAUUCCUGCGCAUCACAAGCUCGUCAAUAUUCCUCCUCAAGGCCCUAAGUUUAGGCGUCCGUAAUGCCAAACUCCAAGAGUCUCUUGAUAUCUUGACGAAGAGUAUCCAGGCUCUACGAUCGAGUUCGCUAGAUGACAUCCAUCUAGCCUCCCGAUAUGCAACACUGCUAGACUCUCUGCUCUCACGACUACGAAGAAGCUUUGUGCUGUCAAAUAAGAAUCCAAAAGUCAGCCGGUCAACAACUCGCCCUUCUUCUGUUACUCCCUUGCCAAAGGCUCAAAAUGCUUCGCCUGCAACUCAGGGUCUACAAGCAUCGCCACAACAACCACAGCAGCAACAGCAGCAGCAGCAAUUGCCCCAUCCUCUACAGCAAGCUCAAGUACAGCAGUACUCUCCCGGAGGAGUUUGCUCUGCCCCUAUGAAUUCCUCCAUGGAUGUUCCUAAUAAUCCUGUCUUUGAGGAUCCGAUCUCUUCAUUAAAUGACAUUAGUGCCGAUGACUGGUUAUCGUUGCCCUUUGAUCCUUCAAUGGCACCUUUUGGAGACGGUGGCAAUCAGGCUUGGUCCGGCUUCGAAGGAGCUAAUUUGAACUUCAUCUGGAACCUACCUUCAUAA